AUGGUUCAUAGGAGCCCAGAGGAGGGAUUAUUUCAAGGAGAUGAGAAAGCUCCAUCGAAGUGGAGGAAGCCGGAAGUCAGCGCCGCCCAGGGUGGGGAGAAGGAGAGAGCAGCGAAGGGAGCUCACAGGACUGGAGGUAGCCGUGCGAGCGCACAAAUCCACUUUCAGUUUAAACUCCAAACGCAGACAGAGGACAAAAGAGCCUUAAAACUUCUCAUCACACGAUCCAGAGAGAAGGCAGCUCUCAGAACAAAGGAUGGAAGGUCCCCACAGAGCGAAUUCAGACUUGUGUGCGGCCUCAGAGAAACGGGGAGGUGCCUCAAUCCACAGCCGGAGUUCACGAGCAGAUUGGAGUUACCCAAGGUUUUGAAGCAGAUGAUCCUCUUUCUGAAGAAUCACCUGAAGGUCAAUAGUACCCGACCACUACGUCACUAUAAUGCUUAUGUCAUUCACCGCACUUCUCAUCACAUAAGCAUUUUAUCUUCUCACAUCAUCACAAGAAGGUAUUCCAUUUUAUUUUACUCACCACCCUACUUUGCUCACUCUACUUUAUCCACUGUAGUGACCAAGCCAAACACAGUCCCACCUCAAGGCUUUGCUUUUAUUUUCUCUGCCUAUUAA